UCCAUGGGGCUGUGCUCAGUUCUCCAUUUUGUAUGUUUUUUCCUGGAGGUUAGUUAGCGCCUACUUUCCAUAAUGGCUAGCUGCGACUCUCCACAGCUCAAACCAGUUUAACGCAGUUUGCAUGCCAAUUUACAGCUAGAUCGCACUGGAAGAUUGAAAACUCAUAAAACACACUCAGCGUGGUGUGUUUACGACGCAGGAGGAGCAACGUUAACAAACAUUGAAUCAGUGUUGCUGUUGUGGACUGUCUGCCACUUUCAACCAAAACAAUGUUGACAGAAGAUCUGUGGACACAUGCCAACAAUCAGUCAUUUCAAGGAUGGAUAAAGGUGGAGUGAAGAAGAUAUAUAGAAGAGAUGACCAUUUAAGCACAUUGCUCUACUCUGAAAGCCCUGAGGAGGGAGGUCUGUUGAAAGUGGCUCCUCACAGUGCCAUGUCAAUCACCUCUGCCACCUCAGUCAUUCUUCCAUCCAGCCCAUUGAUGCAGCCAGGACAGGUGCCUAACGGCCUCAGCAAAAGCCCCCUUCCAGAGGAGCUCACAUCCGUCACUGCCACUGUAGGCCCCCUGCCUGAAGACCCAGAGCCCAGGGGCCUGGCCAAAGAUCAGAAGCUUCAGCAGCAACAGUUACUCCAGACACAGACGUCCACUACGUUGGGGCGUCAAACCUUGAGGGAAAAUUUGCCCCAGUUGGAGGCCAGUAUAGCAGACAAUACCCAGUCCUGCAUGGAUUCACUUAUUGGUGGAUCAGAUCCCAAUUUUUUCCACAUGAAAACAGAGGAUUUCUCCAUGGAUAAAGGAGAACAGGAUCCCACUGACCUUGAUCAUGCCUUUGAUCACAUUGGAAAGGAUGUGGACGUGAACCAGAAAUUUUUCAGUGACAACACUAUGGACCUGCUCCAAGACCUUGAGCUCGCUGGGUCCCCGUCAGAUUUUUAUGUAGGGGAUGAUGCCUUCCUGUCCACUCUGGCAGACGAUUCUCUGCUUGGGGACGUUAGCUCAGAGAGGGACAUAAAGCCUACCGUGGUUGAGAGCAUUAACGGCAGUGGGACAGUCUCUGUUGCUCGAAAUGGCACCUAUAUGACUAGUCCAGAUCAGUCCAGUGCUAGCAUAUCCACAACUGGCUCCUCAACCCCUACAACCACUUUGUCUGCCUUGGUGAAGAAAGGAAAAGAUGCUGGCUUCAUUCAGCUCUGCACCCAAGGUGUGAUCAAACAGGAGAAGAUAUCUGCAGGCCAGAGUUAUUGCCAAAUGAGCGGCAUGUCCUCCACAGACAUGCCCAGCUCUAACCCCAUCUCCAUCUGUGGGGUCAGCACUUCAGGAGGACAGAGUUACCACUUUGGAGUCAACACAAACAGCAAUGAAGCUCAGCAGCAGAAGGAUCAGAAGCUAGUGUCCAGCCUGUAUCUCCCAGUGACAACCAUUGGUGGGGCCUGGAACAGAAUCCAGAGUGUGGGGGACAACUCUGCAAUGCUCAGGGCCAGUGAGGCUUUCUCAAGCUCUCCCUCUUACCCCACUUGCUUUGCCAGUCCUAACUCCAGACAGGAAGUGGUCCCAGCUACAUCCUCAACACAGGGAAAGAGCGGGACUCAUAAGAUCUGUCUGGUGUGCUCUGACGAGGCUUCAGGCUGCCACUACGGCGUUCUCACCUGUGGUAGCUGCAAGGUCUUCUUCAAGAGAGCAGUGGAAGGGCAGCAUAAUUACCUGUGUGCUGGGAGGAACGACUGCAUAAUAGACAAGAUCAGGAGGAAGAACUGCCCAGCCUGCCGCUUCCGCAAGUGUCUGAUGGCAGGCAUGAACCUGGAAGCACGCAAAACCAAGAAGUUAAACCGCUUAAAGGGCGUCCAGCCGAGCAACCCGCCUGAGUUGACUACUCCUCCGCCGGUUGAGGCUCGCCCCCUUUUACCCAAGUGCAUGCCUCAACUUGUUCCCACGAUGUUGUCCCUGCUAAAGGCCAUCGAGCCGGACACCAUCUACGCCGGCUACGACAGCACCCUGCCUGACACCUCCACCCGCCUCAUGACCACCCUCAACAGGUUGGGUGGCCGGCAGGUCAUCUCUGCUGUCAAGUGGGCCAAGGCUCUGCCAGGGUUUAGGAACCUGCACCUGGACGACCAGAUGACUCUGCUGCAGUGCUCCUGGCUCUUCCUCAUGUCUUUCGGCCUGGGCUGGAGAUCUUACCAGCAGUGCAACGGCAACAUGCUCUGCUUCGCACCAGACCUCGUCAUCAACGAGGAUCGGAUGAAGCUGCCCUACAUGGCCGACCAGUGCGAGCAGAUGCUAAAGAUUUCCAGCGAGUUUGUCCGGCUGCAAGUUUCCAAUGACGAGUAUUUGUGCAUGAAGGUCCUGCUGCUGCUCAGCACAGUGCCAAAGGACGGCCUGAAGAGCCAGGCAGUGUUCGACGAUAUUCGGAUGUCGUAUAUUAAGGAGCUGGGGAAAGCCAUUGUGAAGCGCGAGGAGAACUCCAGCCAGAACUGGCAGCGUUUCUAUCAGCUCACCAAGCUGCUUGACUCCAUGCAUGAGAUGGUCGGUGGACUGCUCAGCUUCUGCUUCUACACCUUUGUGAAUAAGUCCCUGAGUGUGGAGUUCCCGGAGAUGCUCGCAGAGAUCAUCAGCAACCAGUUGCCAAAAUUCAAGGCCGGAAGCGUCAAACCUCUCCUCUUCCACCAGAGAUGACUGUGCCCCGUAAGAGACACAAUGCCUUAAAAUCCCACCACAUCACCUCACCAAUUCCCCUGCAACUUUGUGUAGUGGCUCACGUGUCUGGAGGGAGAGAGCGGAGGCGUUUGUUGAGAAAGCAGACCGCGAGCACAGAGGUUUGCUUUUAAGUAGGAUAUGUUUGUAAGAUAAAAGAUAAUCAAAGAGAUAUAGGCUAACAUCCAUGUUGUCUCAGGUUUCUUACCUUCAAAACCAGAACGAUAUCUAAGAUAGAUAAAAGAAAUAUCUAUGUACAGGUUCUGAUAGUAUUUUCUAAAUUUCAAAAUUGUAACAGUUUAUACAGUUUUCCAGGUCGUUGUUACCUGGGAAGGUAAUAAAGGUUAAUUAAUAACAUGCUCUUAAGUAGGCUUUUAGACGGUAUGUUCCUUUUAUUAGUUUUUAUAGAAGGUUGUAACAAAAUCUUAUCAGUCAUAUGGAAAGAAACCUCUGUUUUGCAGUCAUAUGAAAAGCAUAUUUUCUUUGCUUUGAUACCUUGGACGUAAGAAACAGUUCUGUUGGAUUGUUAAUCGAUGGCAUUGUUAAAAGGAUGAUUUCUCCCACAUGCUGACCUCUUCCAGGUUUACACACGUCUAUUAUAAAAGGGAAAAAUAUAUGUGCCUUUUUUGCUAUCAAAUAUCAUCUAAGCCAUUUCUUCCUUCCUGUUCAAGCCGUGCUCUCUUUAACCCAUCAUGGUAUACCUUUAUCGUAUGUUGAUUGUACUUUUUACAUUACAUACAGUUGCAAGUUUUCCUUUGUUUUUUUUCAAUGGCUGUGUAAUCUUAAAAAGUGGCAGCUUGGCCCUUCCUCGUGUAGAAUUGAUCUUCUCUGAACUUUAUGACAGAAUAUUCAAAGCCUGCUUCUUUUCACGCCAUCUCCCACACACUCAACUCCUUAAGUGUGAUUCGAGCACUUUGUACCCUGCUAAAGGCUUUAAAAGACUGUGAAGAAAGACUGUUAUGCUGUACCAGUCUUUAAUACAUGACUUUAGAUGGAAGUCAUAAAACGUUUUCUAUAGGAAAUAGCCGGCUUUGAUCUUCAUUUUAGCCCCCGCUCCUGCCCCAACAGUCUAAUAAUGGAAUGUGUUAAAUACCUGCGUCUGCCAAUCAGAGAAGAGAGGACAUAUUUUAUUGUGUUUGCAAGAUUAUGUUAUUUUUAAUUCAUCAGGAUAAACUAAUUUCUGUGGUUCUAACAUAGCUCAAACUGUUUGGAAAAUAACCGUCCUUCAGUUUUUUAACUUCUUUUUACAGUCUGUCUCAGACAAACAUGCAGUCAUGAUUCUGCCACUGAUGAUCCUUCUUCGACAGUAUAGCCAUGCUUGCAAUAAGCAUCUGACUUUGGAUAUUUAGUUAUUGAAAGCUUUCGCAUUGUUGCUGUGCUGUAUAUGUUAAAGGAAUAGUUUAACAUUCUGGGAAGUGCGUUUAUUUGCUUGUGAGAUGAGAAGAUUGAUACCAUUCCCUCAUGUCUGUACGGUGAAUAUGUAGCUGGAGGCAGCAGCCAGUUAGCUUAGCUUAGCAUAAAGACUGAAAAUGAGGAACCAGCGAGUCUGGCUCUGUCCAAUGGUAACAAAAUCUGCCUACCAGCACCUCUAAAUAAUCAAUAAUACACAGGUUAUAUCUUGUUUGUUUUAUCUGUACAAAAACCCAAGAGUAAAAACAACAAUUAACAGUUUUAUGGGGGGUUAUGUGCUGGAAUAUAUUUUCUUCCUGUAGUCUCCGCUGGUUGCCUGGCAACUGGUCAAGAAAUAGUCAGACACUUAACCCCCAGUAAAAUUUUGUUUUUUUGUAUUCUUAAGUUUUUGUGUUGAUUAAAAAAAGAUAUAAUGUGUAUUGCUGAGCUGCUAGUAAACAGCUGUUUCCAGUCUUUAAGCUAAGCUAACUGGCUCCUGGCUGUAGCUUUAUAGUUACCAUACACACAUAAGUGGUAUCAGUUUUCUUGAAAAGAAAAGUAAGUUAAGUGAAAAGUAAGUGUUUUCCCAAAAUGUGGAAGUAUUCCUUUUAAAAAUGAACGGUUUGCGUGGACGGACUGUGUAUACAGCUUUUUGGAUCAGGCGUUGGCAGAUUCAUUACCCUAUAAACCUCCCAACGCUGCUGAUUACCUUUGACCCCUCCGGUUUUGCCUUCUGCUCCUUUAACGCCCUGUCGGCACCUUGUCUUAAUGUCUGUGUCUUUAGUACGUUGACAUGUUUCUGUGUCUGUCUGUUAGGUAGUCAAACCCAAAUGUUUAAAAGCACUUAGCAUCAGUCACCUCAUGGAGUCGUGUCACAGUGAAAGUGUAGCGUCACUGACUGGGGAGGCAGGCAAAAUGGAUCCUUUAUUCUCUGGGAACUAUUUCAGUGCCAAACUCCGGUUUUGUCUGUUUUCAGUGAUGCUGAAAGUUGGGUCAGUGUUUCUAUCAGAUGAGGGAACCUAGUCCCAGUAUUGAAGCUUAUAAAUAUAUCCUAUACUGGAUUGAGGUAAUUAUUAAUGAGUGAUAACUGAGCUCUAUUUUAACACAAGGCACUCACAGAUGUGUUGUGUAAUCACACAAAAUAAUGUAGGUCUGUCAGUAUCCCUUUGUGUUGUGCAAGUAAGUGAGAAAAUGUGCUGUAACAUUUUCAUCAGUUCCCAGCUCAGUUUGUCAUGUUGUGUGUUCAAAGCACAAAAAAAAUCCAGGUUUUUGACAUGAAUGUUAACCUUAAAGAGGAAUUAAUUUAAUUAAAAAGAUGAAAAGCUCGACAGAUUGAAGAUGAUGCCCUGCCAGUUGAAAAUAAUUGGAUAUAUGUGUCAAGUGCUCAUUUAAAUAUGCAAAAUGUCAAAUUGUGUUGCUUUCCCAACAAAUAUAAAGCACUCCUUAUAGAUUUAGAACCGCUCCCGUGCUCAGGUUGUUGAAACUUAAUGUCUGAUUCACACAGUACGUGGUUGUCCCAUGCUCAGUCGUUUUAUGUCCUGACUUCAAGAACCAAAAACGGUCAGUUUGAAUUCCAAUAAUGUGUCUGCUUCUGUGAUUUAUGAUGUGUUGUUUUUUUUUUUGUCAGGAUUAACAAAGUUUUAGGAAUGUGCUGCAAAACUCUCGUCAUUCAUUCCCAGGCUCAGCAAAAUAAUAUUUUUCUCUGUUUAAUUCAAAAUAGUUGAAACCAUCUUCAUUAACUGUAUAGGGGUUACUCAUGGGUUACUUUCACAUUCAGUGUAUCCAAAUCUCUGCUGCUGUUCAUUUAAACAGGUAUAUUAUAUGUAUGAAAUCGCACACUUGCCUCUUCUUGCUCAAAAAAUGUAUCCUUGCAUACUUUCUUGUACAUUUUUGAGGACAACUGAAUAUGCAAUAGAAACGACAGAUCAUAUGUCACCAUCACAUAACAGGAUGUUGUUGCUUCCUUUUUUAUUUCAGUAUUAUUUCAGUUUUUUUUUUCCAGUAUAAGCUAUUUGCAUACAGGAUAUUCACAUAUAACAUUAUCUCUGCAGGCCAGAUUUUCAGGAAAAGAUACGCUUAGUCAGUAAUUAGUCUACACCGACUGCACACACAAAAAAAGCCUAUUUAAUGUUGACUACAAGGUGACCAAAGCAAGCACAGACAAAUUCAACACGUGCAGUUUUAAACUAAGUAGCUCCUAGAAGACAAAUGUUCAGUUCUUUGUUUUGUUUUCUUAAACACUUUUUUUUUUUUUUUACAGCUUUGGACAAAUUGUGUAAUACUGUGAAUAGGAUAGGAGUCAGUCUUUUUCACACACAAACUGUUUGUGAAAGUAAUCAACCAGCUUGAAUCUAAGAAAAGAUUUGCACUACCCAAAUUUUGUUUGAAAAUCUAUUUUAUAUAAAGCAUAUGCAGACAUUAACUUUUCAGAAUUAUCAAGGGCAGAUCGUUUCACUGGUAUAUGCUUUCUCUACAAAAGAAAAACAUUUGCUUUGCUUAAAAAAAAUUGAAUAUGUAUAUAUAAUCCAUUGUAAAGAAAAUGUGGUGUAUUUGUCUCCAAAUAAUGUUUUUUUUUGUAUUUUUCUGUAUAAUUUCUCCUAUGUAGUGUUGAUCUUUUCCUCCAUUGAUUAAAGGUGGAACUGUA